AUGAUGCUACGUCGAGAUAUACCCAAGACGGCAGCAGCAUCUCUAUGGCGGAGGCUUGCAUGGCCUAAAGCGACUCUUUCUACUGCAGUGGACUACCUCGGCGUACCUGGGUUAAGGAAACCUAAGGAUUUCCCUCGCCUUGCUACGACGGCUGUGGCAGAUGCUAGAGCUACUCUAGGGGCAUGGAAUAUAGACGACUCUCCGCAUAAAGUAGUCAAUAUGAUAGAUGGAGUAUCCAAUUCGUUAUGUAGAAUUGCUGAUGCCGCUGAGUUAACACGUAAUGUUCAUUCCGAUGAUCAUUGGGUCAAUGAGGCCAGUGAAGCUGUGAAUAUCAUAGCACAGUAUAUGAGUGAGGCAAAUGUCGAUAGUACCCUAUAUGAUAAAUGUGUACCUGCAGCCAAAAGAGCAGUUGCUGAGGAUGGCGGGUGUAGUAGGGAAGAACAGGAUGUCAUCAAGGCCAUGCGGGAGGCUAUGGAGAAUGAAGGGGUCCAUCUUGAUGAGCAACGGAAGAAGGAACUGAUAGCACUACAAGAAGAGGAUGCUGUGAAGAGCUUCGAGAUUGUUAGUCAAGGGGAUAAUGACGAUCCGUCAGAUGAUGGCCAAUGGUUGAAUGUACCUCAACAGUGGAUGAGUAUCCUCAGGUUACUACCAAAGAGGACUGUUCAUAAGGACGUUACGGAGGUCUUCCUCCCCAAAGACCAUGCUGCUAUUGGAUACUUGUUGAAGGCUUGCGAAGAUCCUACAGUAAGGCAGAAAGUGUGGAAGAUGAAUCAUAGAGGAGAGCCUAAGAAGGAAGCUGCAUUGAAGGAUUUAGUGAGUAUAAGACAGCAGCUGGCAAGAAUAAGGGGAUAUAAUACAUGGAAUGAGUAUGUGAUGAGAGAGUCGGUCCUCUCGGGUAGCGACGCUGUGAAGGAUUUUUUAUCGGAAUUGUGGACGGCCCUACUUCCUGGUUUGGCCCGGGAGCUCAGCGUACUCGAGUCCACCAAAAGGGAUCAUACUAACGACCCUAAUGCUACUCUGCAGCCAUGGGAUAUUGAUUUCUAUGUGUCAAUGUGGAAGCAGAUGAAUCAGCCAUCGUCAUUACAAGAGCUUGGUGUUAAUCUAUCCAUCAACGCUUUGAUCGAGGGAUCCCAAAGGGUAUCUUCAACGGUCUUGGGUGUGGAUAUGAAGGAGAACAAUAUUAAGGGAGAGACAUGGAGUGAUAAUGAUGUUAGAAGGUUUGAGUUUCAUGAUGCGGCUACAUCUGAUCCUUAUGGUAUAUUGUACCUAGAUCCGUGUGAGAGAGCGUGGAAGAAAGUUCAGUCAGCCCAAUUUACUAUUGCGGGUAGCUGUGUAUUGCCGGAUGGUAGCAGGCAGCUUCCUCGUACUGCAAUGGUAUUGUCUCUACCCGAGAUUCAAGGUGCUCUAGGGCAGGGAGCAGCGACUACCUAUAUGCAUGAAUUCGGCCAUGCUGCUCAUUCUAUCCUAUCCCAAACCACAUUACAGCAUUUCAGUGGCUCGAGGGGCUGUAUUGAUUAUGUGGAGUUCCCCAGCCAUUUAUUCGAAUACUUCGCGCUGGAUCCCAACACGCUCAGCUCUUUGCUCUUACCUAAUUUAUCAUCUAAGGCUGUGGAGGAUUAUGGCAACUUCCGUAUGGCAUUUGGGCAUAUAGAGGCAGCCCAGCAGCUCAUAUAUGCUCUAGUUGAUCAGGUCUUUUAUGCCCAUGGUAGUGUUCCUGAAGACCUUGCACACUUCCUUCCUCACUCACAUGCGAUGAGCAAUGAACGCUUGAUUGAGCUCUUGAGCCCUCCUGGACAAGCACAGUUCUCUCAUCUAGUACACUAUGGUGGUAACUACUACUGCUAUCUGCUAUGCAAGGCCGUAGCUGCUGAUGUAUGGUCACGUGGAGGCUUCGCAGAUGGAGAUCCUAUGGCAGGGCAGCGUUUGAGGCAUUUCUUGGAAGCAGGAAGUGUGACUCAAACACUGGAUAAAAUAUAUGAACUAGUGCCGAGUGGUCGAUUAGAAUCAGCGAGUUCUGCUGCUGGACACGUUCCUUUAGAUGCCAUGUUGAGCCUACUCAACACCUGUACUUCUAUACACGGUAAUGGCCAUCAUCAUUAG